AUGCCUUCCCACAUUGCUUUCCUUGGCGCGUCCACCGGCGUUGGCCUCAGCGCCCUUAAACACUCUCUUGAAGCUGGUCGCCAAUGCGUCGCCCUCUGCCGCGAACCCAAGAAGUUGGACAGCCUCGAGGCCCACAACCUGAAGAUCGUCAAGGGCAACGCCCACGACUUGGACGUUGUUUCACAGCUCAUUGUUGCACCGGAUGGCACAUUUGUCGAUGAGAUCAUCACCACCAUCGGCGGUAAAUUUUCCACCUCCAAGAUGGGAAUCGACCAGCCCAAGGUCUGCGAAAUCGGCAUGGAUACUCUGAUAACUGCGAUUGCUUCCCUCCGCAAGAAGGGUGUCAGCGGGGCGCCGCACAUUAUAGCCUGCAGCAGCACCGGCGUCUCCAAGUUUGGGCGCGACCUUCCUCUGCUCAUGGUGCCGCUCUACCUGGCCCUCAAGGGCCCGCACGCCGACAAGGUCAAGAUGGAGGAGAAGCUGGUCGCUAGCGGCGAGAAGUUCACAGUCAUCCGCGCCAGUCUGCUCACCGAUGGCGAGUCGGAAAAGGCUAUCCGUGUGGGCAUCGAGGACCCCAAGACGGGCUUCGAGUCCAAGGCUAUUGGCUACACUAUUUCCCGAGAGGAUGCGGGCAAGUGGGUUGCCAGGAAUCUGGUGCAGGACAUGGACGCUGCCUAUCUGAACAAGAUGGUUGUCAUCACUUAUUAG